CAGAAAGAACAGUAAAAGUGUAGGCAGGGCACAGGACAAAGCACUCGGGACAAAAUUGUAUUGAGUGAAUGUCACUUUUUAAAUUUUUUAAUUUCCCGCCUUUCUAUCCCUGUAUGUCCUGACGCUUGCAGGGAAUGGAAACCGGGGGACAGAUGCUGGCAUUGGCCGGAGGAGAUGGCCGGGGACGCUGCAGGGGGGACAUCAUGGGAGCACAGGACAAGGUAAGUGCUGGAGGGAUCCCUGAGCAACGCUGCAAUGUAUUCCCGAGUGUAGCUCGGGGUUAACACUUCUGGUA